UCACACUCGACCCGGUUUGACUCUUCCCCCAUUCCCUACUCCUCACUCCCUUCUCCCUCGCAUCCCCCUGGCUAUCUCAACCGGCUCUUUCACAUCUUUUUUCCCUGACCAGGGCUCACACAUGGCUUCAUCAGUGCGUCGGGUGAAUGCGAGAGCGCAGUCCUCACGAAGUUGGAUCCCGCACGUACUGGUUGGUCAAACAUCAUCCUCCCGCAAGAAGUUCAAACUUCCUUGUCUGUACUUCCGCAUUCUCUCACUGCUCUUGACGAUAUCCCCUGCUUGCAUCUUCUCUAGUACACAGGUCCCUCAUCUGACCCUUUCCCCAUUCGUCAUCGCUUUGCUGGUCACGUAUCGCCAACCUCGAUUGCUCCUUGUCACCCACGCGCAUAUCAGUUGCCCUCCGGCCUCCUCUUUGUGCUGUCCGGCUCCUCCCUCUGCACGGUAACCCGUUGCUCACCGCCUUCGUCGUCAAGUGCCUGUGCAUCAACUUCUUUGACUCGGGGAAUGACUCGGGAACGGCAACGUGUCACUGUUCUGGUCCCUGUGAUACGGCUGGUCAACCAAGUCACUGCAAUCCAUUUUUAAGGUUCUCCGCAGUUUCGGCUCUAGGAAGAGCCCCAAGGAAGAGCCCCAGUUAUCUUCCCUGUAUUCCAGGGUUUCUUCCUCAGCGACAGGCGCCAAGUAGUUGGCAACAUCGAUCAAGUUUCCAAUUUGGGACUUGUUUGCAACUUGCACGACAACGACGACCAUCCUCUAUAGCCAGCAAUGCCGUAUACGUCCCUCCUCUUCACUUGUGCACUCUUCGCUCUGUUCGCCGCAGCUCAUGGAUCAUCUGUGAACGGCAUGGACAUGUCGAUGGACAAUGGGAUAACACUCGCCAACGGAACCGGGAUGGGCACUCUCCACUUCACACCUAUCUCUGACAACAUCUGGUUCCCCGGCUGGGCACCGCAAUCUUCCGGCGCUCUUUUCGGAGCCUGUUUCGGCCUCUUCCUGCUCGCUAUCGUGGAGCGCUUCAUCUCGGCCGUGAGGGGGAUGUACGAAGGGCUAUGGCGACGGGAGGGUAUCCGGAUGAUGAUUGAGCAGGAGAAGGCCGCCGCAGAGAAGCGAGGACAAUCGCAAAUCAAGCCCAAGAAGACUGGGCUCGCGGCUAUGGUUGCGAGGGCACCUCCAUUCGUACCGGCUCAUGAUUUGACCAGAGGCCUCAUGCAGGCCGUUCAGGCUCUGAUUGGGUUUUUGUUCAUGUUGACCGUCAUGAGCUACUCGGUUUCGUAUCUGCUUGCUAUCGUCGUUGGCCUCGGUGUUGGCGAGGCCAUCUUUGGCCGUUAUGCUGGAGGUGCUCUUGCUGGUGCCGGUCAUCUUUGAGUCUGGUCGAUCUACAUAAUACCUACGACGUUAUGAAAACUGGACGGAAUUUCAUUGCACGAAGUCCCUGCUCACUAGCGGCGAUUCUCAGUCGAAGAAGCUGCGUGCUCGUCCCCUGUGCGACUAAUCAGGGUUUGUGUGAGCAAACGACGGUAUCUGCAUCCUUUUCACACGUGCGUGGUGCGGUUGUCGUGCGUUUUCUUGGCCGAUGUAUCGGAGUUGUCCGUCUCCGCAGCGCCCAUCCUCACGUUCGGUGUUCUCGGACGCCGCUCGAUAUGAUCUUGUGCAGGGCUGUUCUUCUCUCCGAUAGGGACUGGAUACACCCGACCGCCCUUCGAUCGAUCUCUAGAGUAUCAAAC